AUGCUUCCCUCCUCUCCCACCACCACAACCUCCAUCUCCAUCUCCAUCUCCCUCUCCCUCUUCUCCCUCUUCUUCCUCACCAUCCUCCCAACUCUAAUUUCCGCCCUUCCAACUCCCCUCUCUCCCACGACUUCCGACGUCGAGAUUAUUGCUCCUGCUUUACAAUUCCUUCCGCAGCGGGCGUUACUGCCAGCGCAAAGAAUGCAGACGGAGAUUUCGAGGCCGAUGGUAAUAAGAAGCGAAGAAACUUCUGAUGAGGAAGGUUCGGAUGAUACGGGACCAGAUUAUGAAUAUAGCAAGGUGUAUAGCGAGUAUGCUACUUACGGACAAUAUACAGGAGAUUAUGAUAAUUAUCCGGGAUUGACGUUGAAAGGGAAUGAAUGAGUAAGAGAAAGGAAGGAAGAAGAUUAGAGGAGAAGGGAAGAGGAGAGGAGAAAGAGAGAUAGGAGAAGGGGAGAUAGGAGAAGGAGAGAUAGGAGAGGAGGAGAGAGAAAGCAUAUAAGAGGGAGGUGAAGGGAAGAGGAGAG